AUGCUCCCGGAGUGCUAUGCCGAUACUCGACCCUCCACCAUGCCUUUCGCAUUGGCAAUGCUUGUUCAACGACAUCGAAAGAGAUUGCCAGCCGUGCAUCUAUUGUAUAUCGCAUCUUGGCGUGGAACCAAUAACGAAGUUCAAGAUAUUGAGCAGGGUGCUUGCCAGUCUCUGUACACUGCUUUAGCCACCAGAUUACUUAGUUGGUUUGUGGUUGAUUUUGUGGCUUCAGAUGGGUUGGGGCCAACUCCGGAUCAGCGACGCCUUACAGUCCUUCACCGAAGUCCAAAUUGGGUAAUUCAAGUUACAUCGGCGUCGAUAGCUACCCAAUACAAUUACGCUGGUGGACCAUAUCAUGACGACGUCCAUGCUCAAAGAGACGGAGCCAAGAUGCCGACGCCACGGUCUAGGGCAUAUCAACUAGUAUCAGGCAGCAGACUUGGACAGUGUGAUGAUAGACAACAGCUACCAACAGGUACCGCCCUGAUAUCACUUUUCCGACGUUACGUGCAAACCCUGAACGAAAAUCUUUGGGCACUCAAAAGGCUGGACGAGCAAAAUGCUGGACCUGGACAUCAGAUCUCUCAGACCGGCGCAAAUGAUCUGGACGGGGUACAAUGCCUGUGA